AUGCAUUGCGUACUAGCGCGAAUAUUGUUAUGGUUCUUAAUAGUAGAUCUAAGCGUCAUACGGGCGCUUGUCCUUCCACCAUUGAAAGAUUAUGAUCCGUUAGAGCCUUUGAUGAAAAGAGACAUGGCCAUGGGUCAACGGAACAGAUUCAAAGUCGACGGCCAAUUGCCGCCCAUACUAAAUUCCACAGAUGUGACAGAUGAUCAGAGAAGUCUGCAUACGCCUGGAGAGAUUCCAUCUUAUGUCAUCAAUCAUUGUCCCUUAGUGCACUUGUAUAGCGAAGAGAAAUAUUGGCCAUCGGACAUUGCUGAGUACGUUCAAAACUUCCAAAUUAAAGAUAAAAACGGCAAUUCUAUAUCCACUCAUGAAAAUUUGACACUGCAUGACUUGAAGGCGGAAUACCACGUAGAUUUAUUUGGCAACAAAACGGAAACGCAUAUCCCCAGUAGCGAGGUAUUUUUAACCAGUUUGGACGAUUUCGACAAGGACCCUAAAUGGUUGCUCGGUCAUCUACCCGAAUACGGAACAGGCUACAACUCUAAGGCGCCUGCUAUUCUGAUCGUAGUCGACAAGGGGAACGGGUGGGUUGAUGCGUUCUGGUUUUUCUUCUACCCAUUCAAUCAUGGCCCUUUUAUUAUGGGCCAUGGACCCUGGGGCAAUCACGUCGGUGACUGGGAACACUCUUUGGUUCGGUUUUAUAAAGGUAUUCCAAAAUAUCUUUGGAUGAGUGCGCAUUCCAGUGGAACAGGCUACAGAUACGAAGCUGUUGAGAAAUUUAAGAAACUACGGAAAAGAAAACAGCAAGAUAGUGACGAUGGUGGGGAUACUAUACUGGAAAGACCGUUGAUUUUUAGUGCUAGAGGCACGCAUGCUAAUUAUGCAUCCGCUGGGCAGCAUGCUCAUGACAUUCCUUUUUUUUUCAUGCCUUUGAGUGAUUUUACCGAUCGUGGUCCCCUGUGGGAUCCAUCUUUGAACUUUUACUCCUAUACUUUUGAUGGUAAAACUGUGACACCCUCCUCAGAGAGAGAAGAAUCUCUCGGUUUGGAUUGGUUGCAUUUUCAAGGUGGAUGGGGUGAUCAACAACUACCAGCUAGAGAUCCAAGACAGAAAUGGUGCGUAGCUCAAUGGAAGUAUAUCGGAGGUCCUCGUGGCCCCCUGUUUAAGAAAUUGGAUAGAUUGAAUCUAUGCGGCGGUGUGAAAAAGUGGAAUUUCUGGAAUGGUGGCUGCCCCGCAAGAAGAUUGAUAAAAAAAGCAGAAGGCUUGGACUCUGAGAGCACUGAUCUUAUGGGUGAUAAUUGUGGUGUCCUACUCUAUAGAAUCAGACCAAAAUGGCUGAGAGGAAUUCUAAGAUUUCUAAUGUGGAGAGGUAUACUCUGUUCUCUUAUGGAAUUUUUCACCAAUUGA